UUCUCGAUCACUCGCCGGCAAGGGAAGAACAGUUCUGAUCUCAUCAUCCUCUCUCUUUUAUCAGUACCAUGUCAACUACUUCCUGCUUUUGCCUUUUGCCUUCCGCAACCAUCGACCAGCGCCCACCGAGGAUGCAGCAGAGAGAGGCACUGAAUAAGAACGUCAGCAACUCUACUUCCUCCGCCACCCAAUUAAACGGCAACCUUCCGCUCGUCCCUCGUUUGAGUCCCAACUAUCGGAGCAGCACUUCGGAGCACAACUUGGUCUCUUCGCUAGCCAGAGAGAGGAAGGUUGUGUCCUUACAAAGGAUGGAGGCGUUGAAGAACAAAGUGAGGUUGAUUCUCAGAUCUGCUGCAAACACGUCGGAGAUGUUGAGUUUGGUAGAUGCCAUCCAGCAGCUAGGGGUCGCUUAUUAUUUCGAAGAAGAGAUUGGAAACAUUUUGAGCUGCGUUCGUGGUAAUUUAUUGAAUGAUGGUAUGAUCAAAGAGCUUGAUCUCCAUGAUGUGAGUCUUGCAUUCAGACUGCUGAGACAACAUGGUUGCUAUGUCUCCCCAGGAGUUUUUGAAAGUUUCAAAGAUAGGAAAGGAUCAUUCAAACAUGAAUUGGAACAAGAUGUGAGGGGGCUGCUGAGUUUAUAUGAGGCCUCUUUUCUUGGGAUAGACGGUGAAGUGUCGCUACAUGAAGCUAGAUCCUUCGCUACUUCACAACUGCAGCCCUUCCUGGAGGCCUCGACUAAGGUGGCCCGGGCCUUGGAGCAGCCGUUCCACCACAGCUUGGCCGGAUUUCAGGCCAGGCGUUACAUUCAAGAUUGCCAAGAUGGAGAGGACUGCAAGCAUGAUAUCCUGAUAGAGCUAGCGAAGUUGGAUUGCGAUUACACACAGUCCUUGUACCGGAAGGAGCUGUGGGAGGUCUCCAAGUGGUGGAAAGGACUGGGAUUGGCGGAAGAGCUGGGAUUUAUUAGAGACCAGGUGCUGGUGUGGUUUAUGUUCCCGCUCUCAAUGCUGCCAGAGCCACACCUCUCGGAUUGUAGGUUGAAAAUUACAAAGGUAGUUGCCUUAAUCUACACAAUCGAUGACAUUUACGAUGUUCGCGGAUCGAUGGAGGAGCUGCAUCUUUUCACAGAAGCAGUUGCCAGGUGGGACCUAGGGUUUGUGCAUACACUUCCUGCCUACCUCAGGACAUGUUUCAUGGCCUUACGUGAUGUCACCAUCGAGAUCCAAAGCCACGUACAGAAAAGGCACGGGCACAAUGUCUAUGACAAACUGAAACAAGUGUGGGCGACGUUGACUCAAGCAUACAUGGAGGAAGCCAAGUGGAAAAGUACAAGGUUUAUGCCAAAAACAGAAGAGUAUCUUAGAAACAGAGUUGUGAGCACAGGGCUGCCUGCUGCUUUGGUUCACGUCUAUUAUCUCAUGGGCUUCUCUGAGCCAAAAGAUGGGCCGGUGGAUGCGUUGCACCAAAGGGAAGGGCUCGUUUGGUACUCUGCCAUGAUUCUUAGAUUGUGGGAUGACUGGGGAAGCACCAUGGAUGAGCAAGAGAGGGGAUACGAUGCGUCAUACAUAGACUGUUACAUGAAGGAGUUUGGCGCAACAGAAGAAGAAGCAAGAAAACACGUUAAGCAGAUGAUCAGCAGCGCAUGGGAGAAGAUGAACAGGGAGUGCCUUGUGCUGCCUACCAACCCUAACCCUUUCCCUCCUUCCUUCGCAAGGGUAGCGCUCAAUGCAGCUCGGGCCUGUCCGGUCAUGUACCAAUGUGAGAAGGAUGGUCGCCUCUUGGACUUGGAAGAACACAUCAAAAUGCUUCUAGUCGAUCGCAUCUAGAUCUGCAAAUUCCUAAUCUCCCUCUCUCUCUCUCUCUCUUUCUCUCUCUCUCUCUCUCUCUCUCUCUCUAGAAUUAUUGCUAGAUUUCAACCAAGCCACAUAUCUGUAAACUUAAGAAAAGUAUAAGUUAU